UCUCCAUCUUCACUCUCACACCUUUCACAUCUUCCUCCUCCAUUCUUCUUCUGCUUCUGAUUUCAAUUCUAAUUCUGCUUCUGCUUCUGCAGUGGCAGAAGCAGAACAACCCCUUUUCCCCCAACUUCUUCCCCCCACCCUUUUUUCUUCUUCUAUUUUGAAACCAGGAACACACAACAUUCCACAUUUCCGGCUCUCCAGGAUUCAAUCGGAUCACUAAAACAAAAUUCGACAGAGAGAGCCGGAAAUUUCAACAAUGGAUCAGCUCUCGGCUGCGGUGGCCCUUCUUCCCGGAAAUGGCAUUUCUACGGUGGAGCUCUAUAUGGCCUGGGAGGCCAUCAGAGCACCAUUGAUCGCUCCCCUGCUUCGCUUCCUGAUUGUGAUCUGUACGACAUUGUCGAUAGUGCAGUUCGUUGAGAGGAUCUACAUGGGCGUGGUGAUCAUUCUAGUGAAGCUACUCGGCCGGACGCCGGAGAAGCGCUUCAAAUGGGAAGCGAUGAAAGACGACUCCGAGCUUGGAAGCUCGGCUUAUCCCAUGGUCCUUGUUCAAAUCCCAAUGUUUAACGAAAAAGAGGUCUAUCAAUGGUCGAUUAGAGCAACUUGUGGGCUUUCAUGGCCGGCCGAUCGGAUCAUCAUACAAGUGCUGGAUGAUUCAACAGAUCCAGUGAUCAAGGAAAUGGUGGAGAUGGAGUGCAGAAAAUGGGCAAACAAAGGGAUUAACAUAAAGUACGAAGUGAGAGACAACCGGACAGGAUACAAAGCCGGUGCUCUGAAAGAAGGCAUGAAACGGAGCUAUGCCCAAGAGUGCGAUUACGUCGUCAUCUUCGAUGCCGACUUUCAACCAGAAUCUGAUUUUCUUCAGCGAUCUAUUCCUUACCUUGUCCAUAACCCAGAACUCGCCCUCAUUCAAGCCCGCUGGAUUUUUGUGAACUCCAACGAAUGCAUGAUGACAAGACUACAAGAGAUGUCAUUGGACUACCAUUUCACAGUGGAGCAAGAAGUCGGGUCCUCGACCUAUUCCUUCUUCGGGUUCAAUGGUACGGCAGGUGUUUGGAGAAUUGCGGCAAUCAACGAGGCCGGGGGGUGGAAGGAUCGCACCACGGUGGAGGACAUGGAUUUGGCCGUGCGAGCCAGUCUCAAGGGCUGGAAAUUCUUAUACCUUGGCGAUCUUCAGGUUAAAAAUGAAUUGCCAAGCACUUUCAAGGCCUUCCGUUUUCAGCAGCACAGGUGGUCGUGUGGCCCUGCAAAUCUUUUCAGGAAAAUGGUCUUGGAGAUUGCAAGAAAUAAGAGAGUGACAUUAUGGAAGAAGGUGUAUGUGAUAUAUAGCUUCUUCUUCGUUAGGAAGAUCAUAGCCCAUAUCAACACCUUUCUUUUCUUCUGUGUUGUUCUGCCCGCAACUGUUAUGGUGCCUGAAGUUUCGAUUCCAAAAUGGGGGGCUGUGUAUAUUCCUACGGCAACUACCAUUAUUAAUGCCAUCGGAACGCCAAAGUCAUUCCACUUGACGGUUUUCUGGAUCAUGUUCGAAAAUGUUAUGUCCUUACACAGAGCCAAGGCCACCCUCAUCGGCCUAUUAGAGGGUAGUCGAGCAAAUGAAUGGGUUGUCACCGAGAAAUUAGGAGAUAUUCUCAAGGGCAAAGCAGCCUCAAAAGCACCCAAAAAGCCAAGGCUCAGUGUAAUUGGAGAGAGAAUUCAUAUUUGGGAGCUUGGGAUUGGAGCCUAUCUCUUCUUCUGUGGAUACUAUGAUUUGUUCUAUGGGAAAAACCACUUCUUCAUUUUCCUUUUUGUCCAAUCACUUUCAUUUUUCAUUGUGGGGUUUGGGUAUGUUGGCACUAUUGUUCCCAGCUCUUAGUGUCCCAACCAUGAUGUAGAUUCUAGUGCUUGUUUUAGCAAGUGAAUGGAGAUUGCAGAAGAUGUAAAUAAGAAAGACAAUGGAGGCUGGUGGAGCUGAAAUUUUUUCCUUUU